UGCACGAACAUUUAUUACUGGAUCAUCACCACUUGAAACUCAACGUGUGCCAUUUCAUGCUUUGGAAUAAAGGACUUGCUCUGCUUUUAGAGGGAGUUUUGAGUUUGUACUUCCUGCCAAAAUAAGCGACUUCCAAAACAUCAUUUAAACCCUCGUGCUAAGAAAUACAAUUGUCCUUGAUUUGCUGUAAAAUGUUACUCUUAAUGCUCAAUUUGUGAUCUCUCAGCAAGUUGGGCUAGCUAAUUAAAUCUAUGCUGCUCUUCAGCCUGCAGCAUGAUCGCAGCCAGUACCAGAUCCAUAGCUUCAAGUGGAUGUUCCCUCGUUUCAGCUUAAAAUGUGGUUCAUCUAUUCGUCCACACGGGGUCGCUGCGCUCCCGCUUUAAUGUCAUAUGCACCAGUAUCGUUUCCUUCAACUGUUUAGCUGAGCUGGCGGAUAACUUAACCUCCAGCCUUGUUUUAGUUGGCCCAGCAGACACAAACAACGCAAACUAACUAGCAUUAGCACAAUGAGCUAGUUAGCUCCACAAUUACAGCGUUACAGAAGAGAAUAUUGGAGCACAGGAGUGUUCACAUACGCUGCAUACAAAGUUAAAGCUAGCAACAGCGACACAGUUUAUUCACAGUGGCUUAAGUCUGCUCGACAUGGAGGAGCGGGACACUGCGGCGAUUCUCCCCGGCGACGUGCUCACUUCAGAUGACGAAGAGCCGAUCACCGACUCCGGCCACAAGCAUGAGCCUGACGUACCCACCACCCGCUUCGGACAGCCACAGUUUAACGUUACGUGCCCGCUGCCGGUUUCUGUGGAGCCAGUGAUGUUUCUCUCCAUGUUUUCUCUGGCCCUGCAAGCGCCACUGUCCACACAGUAUCUGUGGGACCGCAUCAGUGAAGACCUCGGCUAUAACGGCUCCAAGACGUCGGAGUGCAGCAACAGCUCGGCGCGCCCCGACCCUCUUCAGAAGGAGGUGGAGACCUUGACAGCCCACUGGAACCUAUACAUCAGUCUUGGGGGCUUUUUUGUAGGCCUGUUUGUGGUGCCUCUGCUGGGUUCAUGGAGUGACCUCGCAGGUCGCAGACCUGUGCUUAUCAUCCCCAACCUGGGCAUGGCCCUGCAAGCAGUGGUUUACCUAGUGGUGAUGUACCUGAAGUUGCCUGUGGUCUACUUUCUAGUGGGCAGGCUGCUUAGUGGCUUUUCAGGUGAUUUCAAUGCCAUCCUCGCUGGUUGCUUUUCGUAUGUGGCUGAUACCAGCGACAGAAGCUCCCGCACAUUUAGGGUGGCCGUUUUGGAGGCUUGUCUGGGCAUUUCAGGGAUGCUAGCCAGCGUUAUUGGAGGGCAGUGGCGGAGGGCACAAGGGUACAUCAACCCAUUCUGGCUGGUCCUGGCCACUAACUUGGCUUCGGCUCUGUACGCUUUCCUGUUUGUCCGUGAAUCUGUCCUGCCAGACCCAAGUGCCAAGCUUCUCACCUUUCGCCAUCAUAAAGCUGUCUGGCACCUCUUCUCAACAGGAGGCAUUACUAGUAGUGACGAGGGUGGACGAUUUCACAGAUGCAAGCUGUGGCUUUACAUGUUGUGUUUCUUUCUCGUGGUGACUGUACACUUUGGCAGCAGGGAGUUAUAUGUGUUAUAUGAGCUGAGCUCACCACUGUGCUGGGGGCCAGCCCUCAUUGGCUAUGGAUCAGCGGCUCUGCAUCUGGCCUACCUUACCAGUCUGCUGGGGCUGAAGAUCAUGCAGUGCUGUUUGGUGGACUCCUGGGUGGCUCUUGUGGGUCUGGCCUCCAAUAUUGCAUCGAUGGUGGUGUUCUCUGUCACUGACACCACUGAGCUCAUGUUCACAGGUUAUGGUCUGGGUUUCCUCUUCAUGGCCUCAACACCUGUGCUCAGGUCGAAACUGUCAAAGUUGGUGGAGCCAUCAGAACAAGGUGCCCUGUUUGCUUCUGUUGCCUGUGUGGAGAGUUUAUGUUUUCUGGUGGGCAGUGGCCUCUUCAAUGCCCUCUACCCAGCCACACUGCACUUUAUGAAGGGCUUCCCCUUCCUGUUUGCUGCCAUCAUCCUCCUCAUCCCCAGUGGAAUAAUUGGGACCCUGCAGUGUUUAGACCAGAGGAGAAACCCCACAGCAUCCUGACGUGAACAGAGGCAGUGAGUUCAAGUUCAUCCUGGUGUCAGUCUAUAGUGUGCAGCUCUGACACAGAGGCCUCCGUCAAGUCCUUCUGUGAUGCUGGGAGAGACUUUUUGAUGUCAGUAACAGUGACGAGUCAGCUGACCAUUGCUAGCAUCAAGACCAAAGGAUGAAGAACCAAGCUCCUGACUGACAUUGCGGUCAGGAGUCCUCUAAUAAUGACCAAGAGUCAGUCCAUGCUUUAAAUGUUUGAUUUGAUACAUUUUUAAUAUGGCAUGCCAAGUGAGUGCCAAAGAAUGCACCUUACAUUUCCCUUUUGAAUGUAUUAAUUUCAGUAGCUCUAAUAGCCCAAUGGAAUGUGUUUUCAGUGAAUCAUUUAUUGACACCAGCAUAUCAAUCAGUAAGUGAGUCACCAUUUACACACUUUCUUACAGAAAGUGCAGAAAUACACUCCUGAUACAGUAAUAAUGUUCUUCAAACCAACAUCUUGCUAAAGACACAAGUAAAGGAAUAACAUGUCAAAAGGGAUAAGUGGAGAAUUAUGGAUAGUAUGUAAAAGAUUUUCUGUUAGCCUGCUGUUUUAAUGUUGUGUAUCAGUUUUAAUUUUGUUUGUGCCUUUAAGUGUUUCAUUCACAGCUACCCAAAGUGGAGCGUUGGUGCCAAACUCAAGGCACUUGUACUUUACUUGAGUAUAUACAUAUGAUCAAAAACUAGUAAGCCAUUGUUUAAAGUAAAAAUUUUAGUGAAUUACAUAUUUCUA